GCUCGCUUUUUUCUUCCACCCAACUCACAUUAGGAGGAAGUCAGCGCACACACACACAGGAAAGCAACCUGUGCGAGCAAGCACAAGAUGUUCGACAUGAGCGCGUGGAGGCACUUUUUCUCAUUCCUUUUCUACCAGUUUUAACAAGGCAUCACCACAAUGUCUCGGCGGGACCAAAGGUUUCGAAAGGGGAUGAAAGGACGGUGCUGGGAUUGCGGUUGCAUCCUGUCUCAUUGGUACUACGAGCGAGAUGGACAACUGUACUGCAAGAAGCACUACUGGCAGCAUUACGGAGACAACUGUCAUGGCUGCACCGAGACGCUCCAAACGGGGCUUGUUAUGGUCGCUGGGGAGCAGAAGUACCACCCUGAAUGCUUCACAUGUAUGAAGUGUCAAAUGUUCAUUGGAGACGGAGAGAGCUACACACUUGUGGAACAUUCCAAACUCUUCUGCGGUCAGUGCUUUAGUCAGGGUGCAGCAACAUCGCCUUCGUUGCCACCCAUCAAGAGCCCCCACACGGUGGCCCUUGUGUCACUUCCUCCUAAGACAGAUGGACAUCGAGGUCUGACGGUGGCCACUGAACUCAGCCAAGGGAACAGCCCUCUGCUUACCGUGAAAGCGUUAGAUUCAGGCAUCCUCGAUCGUGAUCUGCUGUCUUCGGUCCACGUUGGAGACAAUAUCCUGGAAGUCAACGGCAUUCCUGUCCACAACGUUUGCCCCAACGAGGUAGAUCAUGUGAUCCAGGACACCAGCAGGCCACUGCAGCUGACCAUUGAGCACAAUCCACAGUCUAAGAAUUCCGGAAACGUACAUGAAGACCUGAACUAUGUCUGUGAAAAAGUGCCUUCAACACACAUGCUCCCAAAUCUGGAGGAGGAACCUGAAAUGGCGAUGGAGACAGUCGAACAGAUCAGAACAAGUCUUUCUUCGCCUCAGCACAGAGGAAUCACAGGACUGCGAUCCAGGAACAUCCUGCGAAGCUGCAGCAUUGAAAAGUCAUCCUUGUCGCUCUUAUCCCAAAAGAAGGACAUGGUACGCUCUGAGUCUCUGCGUGCCGACCCUGGGGAUCGAACCCACCGCAUCUUCAGGCCUUCAGACCUCAUCCAUGGAGAAGUGCUUGGUAGGGGCUUCUUCGGACAGGCAAUCAAGGUAACACAUCAGGAGACAGGGGAGGUGAUGGUGAUGAAAGAGUUGAUUCGUUUUGAUGAGGAAACGCAUAAGACCUUCCUGAAGGAGGUGAAAGUGAUGCGCUGUCUGGAUCAUCCCAACGUCCUAAAAUUCAUUGGACUCUUUUACAAGGACAAGCGCCUCCACUUUGUGUCCGAGUACAUCCAAGGAGGAACGCUCAGAGAAACCAUCAACAAAAUGGACAAUGACUUCUCGUGGAAUGUCAGAGUGAGUUAUGCCAAAGACAUUGCAGCUGGAAUGGCCUAUUUACACUCCAUGAACGUCAUCCACAGGGAUUUAAACUCACACAACUGCCUGGUUAAAGAGAAUCAGUCUGUUGUGGUGGCUGAUUUUGGAUUGGCUCGUUUGGUGACCGCAGAUAAGAAUCGCAGCACAAGUUCAUCAAUGGAUCGGCCCCAAAAGGGAACGUUGACGGAGCUCCGUAAACCGAACCGGAGGAAACGUUACACGGUGGUUGGAAACCCGUACUGGAUGGCCCCGGAGAUGAUCAAUGGGAAAAGCUACGAUGAGCGUGUAGACAUAUUUUCUUUUGGAAUCAUGAUUUGUGAGAUCAUAGGAAGAGUAAGCGCUGACCCGGACUUCCUUCCUCGGAGUAACGACUUUGGUUUGAAUGUGGCUGCUUUCAUAGAGCAGCACCAACCCUCACACUGCCCUUUGGCCUUCCUACCUUUGGCUGCCCUCUGCUGUGACCUGGAUGCUGAUCAAAGGCCUUCCUUCACCAAACUGGAAGAGUGGCUGGAGAACCUGCUGAUGCACUUGGACAUUGGCUUGCCACUCCUCUCUGAGAUGGAGCAGCUCUGCAGAAACUUCUGGCAGGACCGAAAGCACAACUCAGAACUGAAUAUGUUGUCCACAUCUUCACAUUCUCAUCCAAAUCAUCAAAAUAAAAGCGCAAGCUGCACACCUCAGGAAACAAGCUGGCAUUUGAGUCAAGAACUUGCAGAACAAAAACUAAAUGACAGUUCGUCGGUGUCAAACAUCUGCGAGAGCCAGGGAAAUGGACACGAUCACUCAAAAGAAACCCAAAGCGAACCAGAACUCUCGCCAGUUGACAGCCUGCCUGCAGGACCACCGAAUAGAUCCAGAAGGAUUUGCAGAGUAUUAUGGAACAAAACCACACAAGAUGACCAAUCUUUGCUAUGACUGCUCUAGUUUAUCUAUAUGUUAAAUCCACAUUGGAGGCCAAGUGACACUACAUGUCAGGACAAACAGGAGUAAAUUACAGUUAUAUGCAUUGAUUUUAAAUGAAAUAUUUGUCGUAAUAUUUCUAACAAGUUUAAAUGCCACAACUUUCAACAAGUGCUUUUACUAAGCUGUCAAUCCGAAACCUCUUUCAUUGUAAGAGAAAACGGGCUGUACAUGUAAUUAGUUGAUGUGUGUACUACUAAAUCCAAACUCACUUAUUUCAUAAGCUAAAAAAAAUAGCUCACGACUGGGGUUUCACAAAACAAAAAAACAAAAACAAAAAGAUUCAAUUACUAUACGAGGUAAAUGUGGAGAUUUAGGUGUCCAUUCUAUUUGCCUGUGCUUAAUGGAAUGCUUUUUAAAAUU